CUUCGAGCGGAAGCCGCUCCGUGACGCCAUUUCCUCGUCGUCGGCGCAAGGUUUGUCUCUAGCUUCCGCUUCCGCUUCCCCUUUCCGUUGCUCGUAUUGCUACGUGUCCAACAAGUCGGUCAAAGUCGGAGGCAGCCGCAGAAAGCAAAGCCAACGAAGGCCUAACAAGCUGCGAUCGGGGUUGAAAACACAGAGACGAAUUCAAGGAUAUCAUGGAUCAAGUAAUGCAGUUUGUGGAACCUAGUCGUCAGUUUGUGAAAGAUUCUAUCAGGCUUGUUAAACGAUGCACAAAGCCAGAUAGGAAAGAAUUCCAGAAGAUUGCUAUGGCAACAGCAAUAGGAUUUGCAAUAAUGGGAUUUAUUGGUUUCUUUGUAAAACUGAUCCAUAUUCCAAUCAACAACAUCAUUGUAGGUGGCUGAAUGCAUCAAGAAGACAUGUAACUUGAUUUUGCUUGUGGUAACAAAAGAGAACAUUCUGGCCUUUCUGGCAUAAUCUUCCUAAAUCAUCUUUUGCUACUUGUUAUAAACAUAUUUUAAAGUAAAA